AUGUCCAAUCCAAUUUUUUUUAAACCCGAAUUUUAUAGUGGCGAACCAAAGGAAUGUGUCAACGAAUUUAUUGAAAAUUAUAAUUUGAUAUCUGUGGCUAAUGAGUGGUCGGAUGAUAAAAAAAUAAUCAUUAUAAACCAGAUAGAUAAUAAUAUGAAUAAUCCUAAUCAAUCAAAUCACUUACCCGAAAACACCAACCAAGGCCCUUACUCGGGUCAAAAUAAUGAUCCAUCGAAUAAAAAAACAUUUAAUAAUCAAAAAAACAUGUAA